AUGAGGCAAAGCAACAAGCAACCGACUGGCGUUCAAACAAAGCGCCACCAACGCAGUGUCGGUCUCGUUUUUCACGGACUGCUUAUGGCCACUGUUCUAAAGGGAUGUGGAUGUCAGCCUUACUGUCAAACGGUGAAGCUGUUGCAGAGCAAGCGACGUACGAGACGCGACGGGCAAACGGGCCUUCAGCUGAACGAAGAUGUGCUGUUUGGAUGGCUGACCGGAUCGGCGCGAACAACGCUGCCGGAUAAGUGGAAGAUGGUCAUCGGACUGGAGACCAGACCAGACCAGGACGGGUCAGGGCGCGAGCGCGAGCGCGAGAGCGAGAGCGAGGGCGAGGGCGAGAGCGACGACUUUGACCGCGGCGGUUCUCCAGUACUUGUCAUCCGCACCGCAGCA